AACUGUAAGGUAACCGGAGUUAAUCGUGGUUAACGGCUUCGGGGGCACGGACACAGACUGAUCUGCAUUACAUGUGCUCCUUGUUUAUAUCACUGGAUUAUUUUUAUUGACGUUCUGACGAGCUGAGGGUCGAUCCUCAUCGGAAAAUAUCGGACCCCCCUCGACCUCCCCCCGCUCCACCUGGCUCACGCGGAAAGAGGACGUAAAAAGCAUUUUUUUCCCCACCACUCGAAUUCACUUUUUCCUGUCAUCUCUCAUCCUCGGAGUUACUCAUGAAUUACGAACACUCACGUGUGUACUUAUCGGUAUAUAAACUGGCGUGAGUUGCGGGGAGGCCGCAAAUCGAUCUUCAAUACGUUCGGAGUUAUCACAAUUAUUUUCAUCCCCCCAAAUUUGUUUAUUUACCUCGACUUCGAGGAUCUGAUUUUGAGGGGAAAAAAAAUAUCAAACGCCCGUUCAACUCAGUGAAGAUUUGAUCAAUGAUUACGGAAUUACGGCGAAAUAUCAAUAAGUGAAUGAUUGUUAUCUAAUAAAUGGGAGCAGUGUGAGACUGAUUGAUUUUUGUACACUUAAUCGAUCAGUAGAAUUGCCGAUGUGAUAAGAAUUGUUAUUUAUUUGGUGAACAUUCACGUGGAGAUUUCAGUCGUCGAUCCACUCACGGUUGCAACUGUCAGUGGAAGUCACUGGGUCGUCGUACUCGGUACAUUUGAGAUUUUUUUUUUAUUUAUUUACUGUCAUCGGGAGAUUUUCCAUCCGUCGAGGACACCUGUGAUUUAUUGAACACGAGUCUACGACAUUUGAUUUCUACUGGAGUUACAAAAAUUGGAAAUUCAAAAUGUGGAAGAAAACUAGUGAAAAGGAGAAUCCUGGCAAUCAGAUGAAGGAGUUCAGUAGCACGACAAAGAUUGCACCGGGACCGAUUGGGGAAUACCACGAGAAGGAUGAACUUUAUGACCCCUUUGAGAAUCGCGAUAAGAAAGAUGCGAAUUCUGACUUGGGCUCGCUAGCGCACAUGAUAAAAUCGUCCCUGGGUACGGGCAUACUUGCUAUGCCCAAUGCUGUGAGAAAUGGUGGUCUUCUUUUUGGUGGAAUUGGUACAGUCAUCAUUGGCAUCGUAUGCGCCCACUGUGUUCACAUACUUGUGAAAUCGUCUCACGUUUUAUGCAGGCGAACUAAAACACCGAAGAUGACGUACGCCGAGACAGCACAAGCGGCUUUUGCCUCGGGGCCCAAAAGUCUCAGGGGUUUUGCGCCUUCUAUGAAAGUACUUGUCGAUGCGGCACUUUGUGCCACUUACAUCGGAGGCUCUUGCGUCUAUGUAGUUUUUAUAGCUACGUCUCUUAAACAGGUGGUCGAUUUUCACGCGGAUAUGGACAUAAACAUAAGGCUCUACAUAAUAGCACUGACACCAGCGAUAGUUCUCCUGGUUCAAAUUCGAAAUUUGAAGUACCUAGUGCCGUUCUCAAUCCUCGCUAAUCUCUUCAUAAUGGCAGGUCUCGCAAUGAGCCUUUACUACGUCUUCAGUAACCUCAAGCCCAUCAGCAGUGUUAAAUAUUUCUCCUCGCUUGAGCAGUUGCCCAAGUUCUUUGCCACCGUGAUCUUCGCCAUUGAAGGAAUCGGUGUUGUAAUGCCCGUGGAGAACAGCAUGCGGAAACCACAGCAUUUCCUGGGAUGUCCCAGUGUUCUGAAUAUCACUAUGAGUAUUGUGAUUUUUUUGUAUGCUACCAUGGGCAUCUUCGGUUACUUAAGAUAUGGGGAGGAAACUGCGUCAAUAAUUACCCUCAAUUUGGAUAUCAAACAAGUAAUGGCUCAAGUAGUAAAGAUCCUCAUUGCGCUGGCGAUUCUCUUCACGUACGCCCUCCAGUACUUCGUGCCACUGGAGAUCAUGUGUGCCUCAGUGAGGCCGAGGUUCAGCCACAGAUUUGUCGGGAUUGGAGAGACCUGCUUCCGAACUUUCAUGGGAUUAGUCACAAUUGCCGUGGCCCUAGCAGUCCCCAACCUGGAGCCCUUCAUCUCCCUCGUCGGUGCGAUAUUCUUCUCCUUCCUCGGUAUAUCCAUUCCAGCAGUCGUCGAAACAAUUUCCUGCUGGGAGAGUCAUCUCGGCACUUUCUACUGGAGAUUAAUCAAGAACAUCUUCCUCUUCGCAUUCUCCCUCUUCGCACUCUUCACCGGCACCUGGGUAUCCCUCGUCGACAUUAUCCACAGUUACUCUGGCAACUCCACCACACACGUGUAAUGUCUUCUCGUACAAUACGAGUGACGUGUAAACCAGUGAAUUGCCACCAGUGUCAACCCCGAGAGUACUCUAAACUCGAGCCAUUCAAAGUCUCGGGCGCAAUUGCAAGUGAUCGACAACUUGUCGAUCUGGUUGCCAGGGGGAUAAUCUCACUGGAAUGUCACACCACGUGGAUAACGUGGAUAAGUGAUCUGGUAAUACAUUUGGUUGUCAAUGAGGCAGGCUUUCAUUAUCAGCCAGAUUCCAAUGAAAAGUAGUGGCCAACUGAGAUACAAACAAAUGUUGUGAGCACGAUGACAAUUUAUCACACCUUUCAUUUGUUCUACUGUUGUGUCACUCGUCUGGAAAUAAUGGAUUCAUUCAGAAUGUUAUGAUUAGAGAAGACGGGAUUUUAAUACUGAUUUCCGUGAUACAAAGCCAGAGCAUUGCCGACAGUCGGCCGAGGGUGGGCCAACAGUGGGCCGAAUCUCGGCCCACUGUUGGCCGUUCUUCAUCUCCUACCAGGGGUUGUUGCCUAUUCGUGAAUCUUAGAUUGAGCAAUGCUAGAUGAGCUAGUGCACAAUGAGACGAGGGAAAUGGAGGAUUUUAGACGUGGAGUUGUGUGAGUAGAUAUGGACGGAGUGGACGGACUUACCUCCUCAGCCCAGAGAAGUGGAAAGUAACCGUCUGACACGUUUGUAAACCAUGGCACCGUUGGGAUGCUGGACAUCUUCAUGUUGAGUUGGAUUUUUUUGGAACCUGAUAUGGGAGCUCCUGUUAACGGAUCAAGCACUAUGAAUGUCUUGUGUUUUUCCUCGCUGGGAUGGAGACCUUGAGCGUAGUCGAGAAGCUCCGAGGAGGCGUGGAGGAAGUGGGGCUCGGAGAAAAUUACUGGGACCUCCUGGAAAGUGAAAAGGAUUUUCGGAGUUGCGUAGUAUCUUCGGAGAUAUUUUUCGGACGGAAAAAUCAGAUGAGUUCAAUUAAUAUUUCACUGAAGGUCAAGUGUGAGUUAAAAUGUUCAGAGGAGUGUAAAAAUAUAUUUUCGGGAUUAAUGAAUGGGUCUGAAUGUGCGGAAUCCUCGAAGGAGGUGAAGAUGUGAGGUUUUUUAGUUCUUUUGCUGUUCAUCUCCGUUUUUUCGACUUUUUUUUAGAAUGUUUUAGUAGUAAGAGAGGUGUCCAGAAUUUUUGGGAGAAAAAUUUACUGUGGAAGAACAAAAAAAAAUUUUUUACUGCAAAAGUUGGGUGAAAUUGUGUCAUUGUCGAUGAAGAAGAUGAUCUGUGGAAAAUUCUAAAUGCAGUCAAGUUUCUCCGCAAAAAAAUUAUGCAACGGAAUGUAAAAGUGAUGCGAAAUCCUCUUCCGGGAAUUUUUACAUAAAAAGUCGGAAAAAAUAAGUGAAAAAUUAAUUUUCACUCUUGAGUCCUGAAAAUUUUAUGGAUUGAAACGUAAUUUUUACGGGCUCGUACGUAAUUAUUACAUAACACUCCAUAAAACUCGUACGGAGACCAGUGAUUUCUGCGAAUCUGCAACGACACAUCGCAAUUACCCUAAGAAUGUAAUUUUCACGUGAUUUCCACGAUACUUUGUUCGCCACUUUCUUCUCCGUAUUGAGUGUACCAAUUGUGAGGAGUAGGAGUUGAAGUGAUUAAGAGCCCCAGAAGUGUGCGUCCGUCUCAGUCGUUGAGAAGUUGAAGAGUAGAAAAGACAGAGAGAACAGCAGUGCUUUUUUCAUAAAUUUUCUUGAAAGUAUUUUUGCAACUUCAUGAAUGACCUCCUCAUACCUGACACUUGUCGAUGUCCAUCAGACCGGAGGGUAAACACUCCAUUACUUUCUUUUUAUUCCUCGGACAGUAGCACUCCAUGUCCUUCUGAUUCCACACGUCCGCGGUCAAUUUAUAUUGAUAGCCCAUCAAUGUAUUCAACAUCACUUCUUUCAUGAAGGAAAGGUUCAAGGAUCUAAGAUGAGCAAUUCCAAUCAUGAUGAUCCGAUAGAGGAAUUGAAUAUACAACAGCGGUCACAAAUGUUAAUUUAAAAUCUUCACGACUUUAUUUUUAGAUUAUUUUGCAAAUUUUAAUUAUCUCCAUUUAGCAAGAAGCGAAACAGAUCAAUCUGUCCAAAAAUUAUCAUUUAUCAAUAGUAUUGAGUAUUCCUUAAAUUAUUGGCGCUACAGAGUUACUUGAAACAACAAUAAUCAAUACAAAAGAUUUCUUUACAUUAGUAAUUUCGAAAUUGAUCCCCCACUGAGUAAAAAAUUGAUAAUUCGUCGGACAAAAAAAAAUUUGUUGAGGUCAAUCAUGUAAUAAUCACUGUAAUUACGGCAUACAUUACAGAUGAAUAUGGUAAAUUACCAAAUAAUUGUUUGUGUUCUCUCAUUAUUACAUUUUAAUUAUACAUACCGACAUAACUGCGGUUCGUAGCCUUGAAUCUUUGAUAAUUUUUUAGGCAUUGGCGGCCAAGUAAUGGCAUCAGUACCCCUGACGACGUUGCAAGUCUCAUUGGCCCAGUAAUUAGUUACCCUCAUGUUCUUGAACGAAGUUGUGUUACCCAAGCUGUAAAUAUUUUUAAUCCCUCGAUUGACAGUGAAUGGGCCCUGGACUGUCCCAUUCACCUGUAAUGUAUUUUACAAUUGUUAGAGCUAUGUUAAUUAGUUGAUAAGAAAUUUUUAUUUAUUACGAAUUGUACGUUGACGCAAUAAAUACCCGGUAGAAGAGACUGUACAAGAAGA